AUGGCAAUCUUUAAUAGUAGAGUCACCAUGAUCCAUACGUUUCUUAUGUUUUCUCUUUAUUUCUCAGACUUUGGCUUUUUAAGAGUCAACUCACUAGGAAUAAACUAUGGUCGAGUGGGUGAUAAUUUGCUGCCACCCGAGAAGGUAAUCAAUUUGCUCAAAUAUCUUAAUCUCACAAAAACAAGGAUUUACGACACCAAUCCCCAAGUUUUGGCCGCAUUUGCCAAUUCCAACAUUGAAUUGGUAGUUACGGUCGAAAACGAGUUGCUCCCUCAGUUGAUAAACCCAGUACAAGCCCUUCAUUGGGUAACCGCCCAUAUUAAGCCGUAUUUUCCUGCCGUUAGAAUCACCGGAAUAGCGGUAGGAAAUGAGAUGUUCACCACUGAAGAUAAUACCUUAUUGGUGUAUCUUGUCCCAGCCAUGGCCAGCAUUCAUGGUGCUUUACUCCGGUUAGGCUUAGACACAUACAUUCAAGUCUCUACCCCUAAUUCACUAGAGGUUCUUGAAGAGUCAUAUCCUCCUUCGGCCGGAAGUUUCAAAAACAACAUAAAUAGUACCAUAAAGGAUCUUCUACAAUUCCUGUGGGACACCAAAGCUCCCUUUUGGAUCAAUGCCUAUCCAUUUUUUGUUUAUAAGGAAGAUCCAAAGACAAUUUCUUUGGAUUAUGUUCUGUUUCGUCCUACAACAAUAUUCACAGACCAGAACACCAAGCUACAAUAUGAUAAUAUGCUGUAUGCUCAAGUCGAUGCAGUCAUAUUUGCUAUUGCUAGAAUGGGCUUUCCUAAUAUAGAGGUUCAGGUUUCUGAGACUGGUUGGCCAUCAAAAGGGAACCCCGAUGAAAUUGGUGCAACCUUAGAGAAUGCUCUCACUUACAAUGGGAAUUUGGUGAGACGGCAAUUGAAAAAUGAAGGGACACCUUUGAGGCCUAAUAUGAGGCUUGAAGUUUAUUUAUUUGCUUUGUUCAAUGAGGAUUUGAAGCCUGGGCCAACAUCAGAAAGAAAUUAUGGUCUCUGUCUGCCUGAUGGUACCGUGUGCUACAAUGUAGGGCUCCCUGCCCCAUCAAGUAAUUCGACACCUUCAACAGAUCACAAGCCCCCUGGUCAUACUUCCCCUGCCAUAAAGGACCAGGCAGCAAACAUGGAUUGUCAAAGCUUGGUGUACUGGAUGUUUUUCCAUUUGCUGAUCUUCCAAGUUUUUAUGAGAAGACCAUAUUAA